GAAAUAAAGGCCCAAUCCUUGUUAUCGAAGCCCAUUAGGGUUUCAAUAUAUUCAUUCUCCUCCUUCAUUUCAUGAUGCUGCUGACUGCCGAAAACCUAGAACAGUCCCUUAGGGUUUAGGUUAAUCAGAAGUUGAAAAUGUUGGAGAAGGGCGCAGGUAGAAAAGAAGAGGUUGUUACUCGAGAGUACACCAUUAACCUCCACAAGCGUCUCCAUGGCUGCACCUUCAAGAAGAAGGCUCCCAAUGCCAUAAAGGAGAUUAGGAAGUUUGCAAAGAAAGCCAUGGGAACAGAUGACGUGAGGGUAGAUGUUAAAUUGAACAAAGCUGUUUGGAGCCAGGGAAUCAGAAGUGUACCUAGGCGUAUUAGGGUACGUAUCUCUCGCAAGAGAAACGACGAUGAAGAUGCCAAGGAAGAACUAUACUCCCUUGUUACAGUUGUGGAAAUUCCAAGGGAUGAGCUCAAAGGGUUGGGCACCAAGGUUAUAGAUGAUGAGGAUUGAUUUAUCAUAUUUCUGUUCGAAGCCUUGAGAACCAUAUAUUUAGUUUUUUGCUUUCUGCAAUUGAGUCUUGUCUCUAGAUUGUUAAAACUAUUUCUAAUUUUGUUGAGACAUGUGGUGGUUUUUUAUAUCGCCUGUUUUUUUGUUUACUUUAAGACUGUCGGAAAAGGAAAUACUCAUUUUGGUCUUAUUUUGUUUACUUCUUCAA